GUUCACAUAUAAUUCCUGCAAAAUGGCGAUUAAUCCGGCGGAGUUUGUUGGAGGGGCUGGUCUAGGAUCAGCGUUUAGUUUACUGACCAGUGGCGUUCAGGAGCUGAUAAGCAAGGCUGCCAUGUUUGAGCCUCUCUUAGAAAGAAUACAAUCCAUGCUAAUCGCCUUGGAUUCAGUACUGGUCCCAGAUACUGAAGAGGAGCGGGAAGGUUUAGAAGAUGUGAGAAAGAUGGGAGAAAAGCUUGUCCGGGAUUGCAAAGAAGUUAGUGAGUGGAACCCGUUCGCGAAGUACUCCUCCGCCGUCAAGCUUUUGGAAUGGAAUGAUUCUCUUAAACACCAAUUAUGGAUACACAAAUUAAAGAAAGAAAAGAAGACUGCGUCUACGGUUGAGAAGAUCGCGUCAACGGCUGAGAAGACCGCGUCUACGGUUGAGAAGACUGCUACAUCGGUAGAUAGUCUGCUGGUUUCAGUAAAGAAUUUUGAGAAUCAUGUGAUACUGAAUAAAGCCGCAACAAGUUCAAGUAUUACAGCUCUUCGACCUCCAGGGCUUCCACAACAUAUAGUUGGAUUGGAUACUCCUUUGAUGGAAUUGAAGGAAAUACUUCUUAAGGAUCAUGGACUCUCGAUGCUUGUGCUGACUGCUCCAGGAGGAUGUGGGAAAACUACUCUGGCCGCAAUGUUUUGUGAAGACAAAGAAGUAAAAGAUAAAUUCAGCAAUAUCUUCUUCAUCACUGUUUCCCAAAAGGGAAAUUUGGACCUUAUUUUGCUGCAAACAAUUUUGGAGGAAGAACAUAGUCCUUUUCUCUUAGUGCUAGAUGAUGUUUGGCCUGGAUCAGAUUCCUUUCUUGACACAUUAAAUCAAUUCAAAACAUCAAAUUUCAAGAUUUUAGUGACAUCGAGAUCUAAAUUUCUGAGAUUUGGUCAUUCGACUCAUUCAUAUCAUUUACCAAUGUUGGGUGAAAAGAAUUCAAUGGAUCUUUUUCGUCAUACAGCAUCCUUAGGAGAUCGGAGCUCUCCUAUUCCAGAAAAUAUCGUAAACAAGAUAGUAGAGCAUUGUAAAGGAUUUCCACUUGCAAUUACAGUGGUUGGCAGAUCACUUGCUGGACAACCCACAGAGAUCUGGGAAAACAGAGAAAUUGAAUGGUCGAAAGGUUCUUUAAUUCUUGAUUCGGACACUAAAUUGUUUGUUUGUCUCCAAAGCAGUUUAGAUGCCUUGGAUAAAGAACUCAAGGAAUGUUUUCUAGACCUAGGUUCAUUUCCUGAAGACAAACAAAUCCCAGUUGCUGCGCUCAUGGACAUGUGGGCGGAGUCAUUUAAUCUAGAAAGAGAUGCUCAGUGCAUUGCAAAACUCCAGGAUCUCAACAAUCGGAGUCUAGCUAAUCUUGUAGAUACAAGGAAGAAGAAGAUGGAGGGGGAGGGGUACUACAAUGAGCACUUUGUUACCCAACAUGAUUUGCUGAGAGAGCUGAGUAUCUACCACUCGAGACUAGAUGAUGCAGAGGACAGUAAAAGACUAAUAAUAGAGAUGUGCGGAAACAAUCUUCCCAACUGGUGGAAGGAACAAAAGUAUCAACCUAUCAAGGCUCGUUUGUUAUCCAUCUCAACUGAUGAGAAGUUCACAACAUGGCCGGACAUUCAACUACCAGAUGCAGAGGUUCUAGUCUUGAACUUUCAGACCAAGAAAUAUGCAUUACCCCAGUCUGUGAAAAAAAUGAAAAAACUGAAGGUAUUAAUAGUCACAAAUGAUGGUUUUUCACGUGCUGAAUUAAGUAAUUUUCAGCUACUCGGUUCGUUGUCAAAUCUAAAGAGAAUCAGACUCGAGCGCAUAUCAAGUAUUCCUUUCAUAACCAUGAAUCCCACAAAACUGAGCAGUCUAAGGAAGAUUUCCUUACGCAAUUGUAACAUUCGUCACUGUUUCGGCAAUGGUUCCAUCAAAAUGUUAGAUGCAUUUCCAAAUCUGCAGGAAAUGAACAUUGAAAAUGACAUCGGAGAAUUGCCUGCCGAGAUCUGUGAUCUGGUUCAUCUAAAGAAGCUCUGUAUCACCAACUGUCUUUGGUUAUCUAUCUUGCCUGAAAGGAUCGGGGGUUUGGAAAAGUUGGAAGAAUUGAGGCUGAGACAUUGUACAGACUUGAAAGAGCUCCCAGACUCAUUGAGGAACCUCAAAAUGUUAAACUUUCUUGACCUAUCUGGUAGCUUCAGCAUCAAGGAGUUGCCCAAAGACAUUGAUGAAAUGAGCAGUCUAACAAAGCUUGACAUAAGAUGUUGCGGAAGAUUCGAAGAGCUUCCCCCAUCAAUUCUGAAUCUUGAGCAGCUUGAGGAAGUGAUAUGUGAUGAGGAGACAAAACAAUUAUGUGGACGCUUCUACCCAGAUCACAAAAAUGUUCGCAUCGUGGUCACCAAAUGAAAUAUCAACUUCAAUUGUCUCUCUACGAGUGUGAU